GUGCCAUUACCUGUUCUGGAGAGGAUUAUAAACUACUGGGAGUGGAUUUGUCAGAGCUAUCUGAGCUGGAGAGAGCCCUGGAGGAAGCAGGCCUGGACAGUGAUGUCCCCACCCUCCUCAUUGCUGAGGUGGUACUCACCUACAUGGAGAACAGCAGGUCGGAUGCCUUGAUCCACUGGGCAGCAGAACGUUUCCCUCGGGCAUGCUUCCUGCUGUACGAGCAGGUGCACCCAGAGGACCCCUUUGGACGCGUCAUGCAGCAGCACUUCAUCCAGCUGAACUCUGCCCUUCACUCUCUGGCACAGUACCCUGACUGUGAGGCACAGCAGAGGCGCUUUCUGGGAAUGGGUUGGACCGAAUGCAGUGUUAUGGAUAUGAAUGAGUUUUUCACCUGCUGGAUCCCAGAAGAUGAACAGCAGAGAGUGCAGGCUCUGGAGCCUUUUGAUGAGUAUGAG